GGAGGCCUCAGGUGAGGGGGAACCGGGCCCCCCCAGCCGUCCACCAUGGUGGUGGCACACCCCGCCACCACCGCCACCACCUCGCCCGCCGCCACCGUCACGGCCACCGUCGUGAUCACCACGGCCACCAUGGACCUGCGGGACUGGCUGUUCCUCUGCUAUGGCCUCAUCGCCUUCCUGACCGAGGUCAUCGACAGCACCACGUGCCCCUCCGUGUGCCGCUGUGACAACGGCUUCAUCUACUGCAACGACCGGGGCCUGACCUCCAUCCCCGCCGACAUCCCCGACGACGCCACCACCCUGUACCUGCAGAACAACCAGAUCAACAACGCCGGCAUCCCCCAGGACCUCAAGACCAAGGUCAACGUGCAGGUCAUCUACCUGUACGAGAACGACCUGGACGAGUUCCCCGUGAACCUGCCGCGCUCCUUGCGCGAGCUGCACCUGCAGGACAACAACGUGCGCACCAUCGCCCGGGACUCGCUGGCCCGCAUCCCGCUGCUGGAGAAGCUGCACCUGGACGACAACUCCGUGUCCACCGUCAGCAUCGAGGAGGACGCCUUCGCCGACAGCCGCCAGCUCAAGCUGCUCUUCCUCAGCCGCAACCACCUGAGCAGCAUCCCGUCGGGGCUGCCGCACACGCUGGAGGAGCUGCGGCUGGACGACAACCGCAUCUCCACCAUCCCGCUGCACGCCUUCAAGGGCCUGCACAGCCUGCGGCGCCUGGUCCUGGACGGCAACCUGCUGGCCAACCAGCGCAUUGCCGACGACACCUUCAGCCGCCUGCAGAACCUCACCGAGCUCUCGCUGGUGCGCAACUCGCUGGCCGCGCCGCCCCUCAACCUGCCCAGCGCCCACCUGCAGAAGCUCUACCUGCAGGACAACGCCAUCAGCCACAUCCCCGCCAACACGCUGGCCAGGAUGCGGGAGCUGGAGCGGCUGGACCUGUCCAACAACAACCUCACCACGCUGCCCAGGGGCCUCUUCGACGACCUGGAGAACCUGGCGCAGCUGCUGCUCAGGAACAACCCCUGGUUCUGCGGCUGCAGCCUCAUGUGGCUCCGCGACUGGGUGAAGGCGCGGGCGGCCGUGGUCAACGUGCGCGGCCUCAUGUGCCAGGGCCCUGAGAAGGUGCGUGGCAUGGCCAUCAAGGACAUCACCAGCGAGAUGGACGAGUGCUUCGAGACCGGGGUGCAGGGUGGCGCGGCCACCAACCCCGCGGCCCGCACCACGGCCAGCAACCACGCCUCGGCCACCACGCCCCAGGGCUCGCUGUUCACCCUCAAGGCCAAGCGGCCGGGCCUGCGCCUCCCCGACUCCAGCCUCGACUACCCCAUGGCCACCGGUGACGGCGCCAAGGCCCUGGUCAUCCACGUGAAGCCGCUGACCGCCGACUCCAUCCGCAUCACCUGGAAGGCCACGCUGCCCGCCUCCUCCUUCCGGCUCAGCUGGCUCCGCCUGGGCCACAGCCCGGCCGUGGGCUCCAUCACAGAGACCCUGGUGCAGGGGGACAAGACGGAGUACCUGCUGACGGCCCUGGAGCCCAAGUCCACCUAUAUCAUCUGCAUGGUCACCAUGGAGACCAGCAACACCUACAUGGCCGAUGAGACGCCCGUGUGCGCCAAGGCCGAGACGGCCGACAGCUACGGCCCCACCACCACGUUCAACCAGGAGCACAACAUGGACCCCAUGGCGGGCCUGCCCCUGGCGGGCAUCAUCGGCGGCGCCGUGGCCCUCGUCUUCCUCUUCCUCGUCCUGGGGGCCAUCUGUUGGUAUGUGCACAGGACCGGCGAGCUGCUAAGCCGGGAAAGAGCCUACAACCGGAGCAGCCGGAAAAAGGACGACUAUAUGGAGUCAGGGACCAAGAAGGAUAACUCCAUCCUGGAGAUUCGCGGCCCCGGGCUGCAGAUGCUGCCCAUCAACCCGUACCAUGCCAAAGAAGAAUACGUGGUCCACACCAUCUUCCCCUCCAACGGCAACAGCCUCUGCAGGGGCACGCACACCAUCGGCUACGGCACCACCAGGGGCUACCGGGACGCGGGCAUCCCCGAUGGAGACUAUUCCUACACCUGAUGC